GACGCCGGAGGGGCAGUUGUGGAGAAUGUGCGUCACUUCUUGUCGGCAGAUUUCUGUUGAAAUUUUUUUGUACAACUAUUGAACUUUAAGAAAAACUCACCGAUGAGAAAUGAAACAUGUUGCUGUGACAAAUCUGCUUCUUCAAUGAGAGCAAGUUGAAAUUUUACCUAUUUAAUUUGGCUCUCGAGCUCUGAAGAGGACGCUGAAAUUAAACAGUCGAAGCCGGAACCAUGUCUCUGCACGACGCGUUCACGGCUCUGCUCCUUCUGGUCGGCGGUGUUUCUGCCCUGAUUGUUUCACCUCCAGCUAAUGUAAACGUGAGCUGCCAAAAUGUUAACGUCUCAGUCCGCUGGGAUUACAGCACAGAAGAAUCCCAAACGGUCUUCAGGGGAAACAUCCAUCCAUGGAAUUGUACAUUUGAAACCACAGCUCAUCAGUACGACCUGAGCAACUGCAUUUGGAAACAGGAAGAGAGAUACCUGAAGAUUAUGCAUGUCACUAUAGCAGCUAUACGGGGAGGCAACCAGUCCAAAGCUGUGUCAUCAAAUACUUUCUCCUUUAACAGAAUCAAGACAGUUGAGACAAAAUGUUCUUUAGAUUUUCCUUCAGUAGAAAUAAAAGUGGAUGAGUUGAUGGGCACAGUAGGUUUCAAGAAUCCGCUCUACUUCUACAAAGAACUGAAGCAGGUGAACACAGAUGCUGCUACAUUGGACUUCAAAGUCUCUACUACACAGGGAAGCUUUAAAGGAUCGUGCUCAAAGGAAGAAACUUGCAAAUGUGAUGUCUCAUUCCACGAGGGUGCGGAGAAGUGUGUCACGCUGACAGGAAUGAUGUUUUUCCGGAUUGGUGUUGAGCAGAUGGAGUUCAGGAAGACGCCCAAGAUCUGUGACCAUCAUAAACCGAGAGAAAAUUUCCAUGAGAUUGUGCUCGGAGUUGUGCUGCUGUCCAUCGUUUUCCUUGCUAUCCUUGUGCUAAUUGCUUGCAUCUGUAAGGUGCAAGCUUGGACAAUGGAGUCCUUCAAGUCUUUACCCAAGUCUCUGAGAACAAAUGAGGGGGGACAGCCUUUGGUGCAUAAAAAUCCAGCCGGACCAGACAUUAGUUCAGUCCACAUCUGCGACCCACACAAAAGCCUUCCCGUCAGCUCAGGGUACCCCAACCACUCUGAGGAUCUCCAGGACAGCAGUGCUGGCUCUGACUGCAAGUCUGCCAGUUGCCUCGACAUGGGAACACAACAUCUGGACUACAGUGAGCCAGAUAUGGAGGAUGUGGGGUUGAUCUCUGACAGAAACAGUACAGAUGAUGACUCUGCAGAUGACUCUGAGAAGACAGAGUGUGUUUCAGUUGAAGAAGUGGUGUCUCCCUAUGACUGCCCGCAUGUUCUGAGGCUGGACAUGGGUAAUGGAGAAGUGGCCACAGGUUACACCGGGAAUUAAAUCAGUUCUCAGAGGACUUGUUUUGAGAUUGAAGGGGGUUUUUUUGUUGUUGUUGUUUCUUUGUUUUAGUGAUGGUAAUCAAAGACUAGCAAUCUCAGCCCACCUCUGGAAUGUAAGCUUGUAAAUUUUCACCAUAUUUUUACCUUUUUUAAGAUUUUAAGACUGUGGUUAACACUGCACUGAUGGAGUUGGUUGUCUCAGGGAAACAAGGUGAUCUUUGUCUUCCAGCUGUCCAGCUGGUUAUGGAAGCAGCUAGGUGGAUCUCUGCUGGUGUCUGCCCCUGCAGCAGUGCGCACCAGUGUUAAAGAGUGGCCGCUUCGAAGCACAGUGAGAAUCUCAGAUUUGAAGUUCAAGGAAACGAGCUUCAAAAGAAGGAUACCUCAGGAGGGACGGUUCCCCUAAAUCACACACACACACACACACACACACACAGAUGGAUUUCAAAUAGGAAGAUCGAUUUAACUUCAUCUCUGCUUAGGAUAUUUUUAGAUAUAAACUGAUUGGGCGCAACAUUUAAACCACCUGCCUAAUAUUGGGUAGCACUCAGUCGUGCUCCAUGACAGUGGCCCCUUUCGUUGUAGGUCUGUGUGGUUUUCCAGCACAUCCUGCAGAUGCGUGGUCAAAUUGGGAUUUAUCAGUGCAGUGAGGGGGCUGACUGGUUUAGAUGAGUCCAAAUGAGGUUGUUGGAGUACCAUUUUGGGUCAUUUUAUCCUGCAGAAAGCAGUAGUAAUGAAAACUGCAAAUAUCUGCAGGAGCAAUAUAAACUAUUUUAAACAAAUUGUGCUCCACAAAAGCUCCAGCAGCAUCUACACGUCUAUUAAUUUUCUAAACUCACCCGCAUCAUAGUGUGACUGGAGCCUAUGCCAGCUGACAGUGUGUGAAGCAUCCAUCCAUCCAUCCAUCCAUCCAUCCACUUCUGCUUAUCUAAUUUCAAGUCACGGGUAGACUGGAGCCUUUCCCAGGUGUCAUUGGGUGAGAAUCAGGGUAUAACCUGGACAGGCUGCUGGUCUAUCACGAGGCUCAAGGUGAGGGCAGGAAAAACCUCCAAAUCCUGACAUCAAACCAAACUAUGACGGGAUAAAUAAAGAUGUUUGUUUUAUGUUAUUGUUGUUGUUGUAUUGACCCUUAAAGAGUCCUAAAAACCGUUCUGAGCCACUGUAAGGUUUUUGCGUGACUAGUCAGAGAUAAAAAAAAAAAAACUUUCCAGUCCCGACAGCAGAACUGCAGGUGUCACAUCUUUCCACACUGCUGACUGUGCCUCACCUGCGCAUUGUUGUUUGGGAAAACUGAAACCAGAAAAACUGGCCCUGUAGGUCAUGGGUUAGUGUUUUUCUUCUGCAUGCGUCAUACGCAAACUGGUAUUUACUUCAGGGUUGAUGUUUUAUUUUUUUAAUAAUGGGGGAAAUUUCAGAUAUUGAUGUAUUAAAGGUAUUUUUGUACAUGUCCUUAUGUAAUCACAUUUAACCCCCAUUUACUCGAGCCUGUAACUGCUCUGUAUAAAGGUUUGACUGAAACAUUUAGGUCUGCUUUCUCCACAGCGUGGGAGUUUGACUGCUUGAAUGUAAACACGCAGUUUUGCCAAAGAUGGUUUUAAGUCUGCUGAGUGUCACCUGUGGGGGAUGAAAGAAAUGUUGAGAUCAGCAGGAACCUUGAAAACUGCUUACAGCGUGUUUUAAUCAUUUGUCUGUAGCAGUGAUGACUUUGGAGGGCUGGGUAUGACUUGAAGUUAUCUGAUACAAAUCAAAGAAAAGAUUUUGACUAACAUAACCAUGAAUCUUCCAUGAAGCAUUAUGUUUGUGUUGCAUAUUGUUUGAAAUGUAAGGUUUGCAUCAUACUUCCAUAGCAUGAAUCUGAACAUAAAGUUCAGAGUGUUUGUUUCGUUUAGCGUAAAAUCUGGUGUAAAAUGCUGCUGUGGACAGUUGCCAUAUUUUUGAAUGAUAUGUGAACAAAGCUCGAGUUCUAUUGAAGUGGAGAUUUGAA